AUUCAAUACUUUUAUGUCCAUAAACAUAGCGAAAAUUUGACUUCGUGUGUGAUUCUAUACCUGUUUUACCUGAGUUCAGAUCCUCGUGAUACAUUCCUAUUGUAUAGCCGUGUAUUAAGCACUAGUGAGAAAUUAACCAAAACCCAGAGUUAAAAUGGACGAUUAUAACCACGGAACCAUUAUCAAACUAGAAGAAAAUGAGGACGAGAAAGAGCAGUUUUCUGAAGCCAUAUUGGAAAAAAAUGAGCCAAAUCACAUUGAAAAAUCUCCGACAAACCAAAACGAUUACCAAAAAACAAUUGACGGAGAUGCAUAUAGACUUAAUGAAGCAGGAGGAAUUAAAAUUGAAGUGAGAGAAACGGACGAUUAUUAUUAUAAGUCUAUUUUUGAAGUGAAAGAAGAAAAAGAGCAACAAAAUACAAUCGACGCGAAUGGAUACAAACUUAAUGAAGCAGGAGGAAUUAAAAUUGAAGUGAGAGAAACGGACGAUUAUUAUUAUAAGUCUAUUUUUGAAGUGAAAGAAGAAAAAGAGCAACAAAAUACAAUCGACGCGAAUGGAUACAACGUUGUUGAUUCGAAAAUCAAAGUUGAAGACAAAACAGACGGUUAUUAUUAUGGCAUAGAGAACAAAAUUGAUAAAGACGACGAAGAGAUGAAACAGGAAUUAACUGAAACCUCUAUAGAAGAAACAAAAUUAGCUAAUGCUGAAAAAUCAUAUAAUAGUUAUGUGACAGCACAGAAAGAUCUUCAAAAAACAUUUGACGGAAAUAUAUACAAUUAUAGAAAAGAGGGCAAUACAACGAUAGUUAAAUUAGAAGCCGAUAUAGUGAAUGGACAUUACUUCGAGUCCGUGAUUCAAGUGGAACAUAAUGGUCUUUUGAAUGUGCAAUCUACUAAAGACGAAUUGGAUGAAGUACAACAAUUUGCGUGUAAUUUAUGUAAGAAGUCUUUUAACACCAAAUGGAGAUUGGCUCAGCACAUAACUCGAUUACAUAAUGCACAUGCACCAACCCAGAAAAACACUAGAACACGAGUCAUCAAAAAAAGUCUCGUGUCCACUGACACGAGUUAUGAAAAGAAUAAACAAAUUGAUAGUUGUCACGUCGGGUCUUUGGUAGAAAAAGACUGCCAUAAUCAAAUAGCACCAAAGAAUGACAAUAAUGAUAUGAAAGCACGACGAAUAUUCUACUGCAAUUUUUGUCAAACGUCGUACCACACUAAAAAACAAAUAACAUUACAUUUAAUAAAAUCCCACAAAAGUUCAUUUUCUCAAAAAUCGAAUCGCAAGAAUCACGAACGCGUGCACGCUGCAGAAAAACCCUACAAAUGUUUGGUGUGUUUAAAGUCAUUCUCUGCUAAAAGCACUCUCAAAAACCACGGACGCGUGCACACUGGAGAUAAACCUUAUAAGUGUGCUAUUUGCUUAAAAUCGUUUUCACGUAAAGGCUGCCUCAAAAUACAUGAACGAGUACACACUGGUGAAAAACCCUACAGUUGUGCUGUAUGUUUAAAGUCAUUUUCACAUAAAAACUGCCUUACAAUACAUGAACGUGUACACACUGGCGAAAAACCCUAUAGUUGUACUGUAUGUUUAAAGUCAUUUGCUGCAAAACGAAAACUCACCAUACAUGAAAGCGUGCACACUGGAGAAAAGCUCAACAAAUGUUUGGUGUGUUUAAAGUCAUUUUCUGAAAAAUCCAAUCUUACGAAACACAAACGAGUGCAUACCGGAGAAAGGCCCUACAAAUGUGCGGUCUGCUUCAAAUCGUUUUCCCUAAACACAAACCUCACAAAACACAAACAUGUGCAUACUGGUGAAAAACCCUAUAAGUGUACUGUUUGCCCAAUAGCAUUUUUUCGAAAAGACCACCUCGUAAAUCACGAACGCUUACACACUGGUGAAAAUCUCUAUAAAUGUGCUGUGUGUUUUAAUUCGUUUACUACAAAAUCAAGCCUCACAAAACACAACAAACGCGUACACACUGAUUAAUUACCCCCAAAAAUAUGUAUACUUAAGUUAACUUAAAAUUAUACGGUAAUAUAUUUUGUAUUUUCUAGUACUAACUUAAAAAUAUGUAUAUGUGCAUUACUUAUA